AGGCUGUGAGUGCUACACGUACGGACUUCAUACUUUCCAAAUUAGAAACUUCGACGACUCCAAUUCCUUGUUACCGUUAGGGUUUGGGAUGAUAAACCCUAAUUCGGAACUGAAAAUCUGAUCGCGUUUGAUAAACAGAGCAAGUACCGACUUCAAUGGCACAAUCCAUGGGAUCCCUAAACCCUCCUAAACCCCCCUUUUUCGCAACCAAUACCACCAUCAAGCAUCCCGCUUUCCCUUCCAUUUCUUCGUUUCAACCGAAAUCGAAAUCGAGGCAAUCAAAGAGAUACCCGAGAAUUUCAGUAUCAUUGAUGUCCGGUCAAAAUCAAAAUCAACAACAAAAAUCUUUGCUUGUUGAUUUGAGUAACAGUAGCCGCAAAGACGAGGUCCUUGUCGAUGUUAACCGUUGUUUAUCUAAUUGUCUGACUGAAACCAGUCUUCACUUGACAGUUCCAGGUCUCAAGUCCAAAACCAGAGGCAAGGUUAGAGAUAUAUAUGAUGCUGGCGAUUAUCUUGUUCUGGUCACAACUGAUAGGAUGAGUGCAUUUGAUAGAAUUCUUGCUUCUAUUCCCUUCAAAGGCCAAGUUCUUAAUGAGACAAGUUUGUGGUGGUUCAAUAAUACUCAGCACAUUACACAGAAUGCUAUCGUAGCAUCCCCAGAUAAAAAUGUUACCAUUGCAAAGAAGUGUUCAGUGUUUCCUGUUGAAUUUGUGGUGAGAGGUUAUGUGACCGGGAGCACUGAUACAUCCCUGUGGACAGUCUACAAAAAGGGUAUCCGAAACUACUGUGGCAAUGCUCUUCCUGAUGGCUUGGUAAAGAACCAAAAGCUGCUCUCAAACAUACUCACACCCACAACCAAGGCUGUGGAUCAUGAUGUUCCAGUAACUCCAGAUGAGAUAAUUGAGCGUGGACUGAUGACUCAAUCUGAUUAUGAUGAAGCGAGCAGUAAGGCAUUGAGCUUGUUUAACUAUGGACAGCGCAUGGCUUCAGAUCAUGGCCUGAUAUUGGUUGACACAAAAUAUGAAUUCGGAAAGGGCAGUGAUGGAUCUGUUCUAUUGAUAGAUGAGGUGCACACGCCUGACUCAAGCCGAUAUUGGAUUGCCCAAUCUUAUGAAGAACGUUUACGUAAUGGUCUUGAACCUGAAAAUGUCGAUAAGGAGUUCUUGAGGUUGUGGUUCAAGGAUAACUGCAAUCCAUAUGAGGAUGAGGUCCUGCCUGAUGCUCCUGAAGAACUUGUUUCGGAGCUAGCUUGGCGGUACAUAUUUUUGUACGAGAGAAUAACAAAUUCAAAGUUUGAGAUGCCACAUAUGGAGGAACCAAUUCAUGAUCGGAUUUCACAGAAUGUCGCAUUAGCAUUGUCAUCUUUAAAGUAAUGGCUUCACAUGUCCGUUUGAUGGGAACUAGUGCCGGCAGUCAGCUUAGACUUCGUUUGCUUUUUGGACAAAAUGGUGCAAGUUUUGGUAUUUUCUUGCACUGUGAGUCGUUGGAUGUCAUUGGAUAAUUUUGAUGGGGUCUGAAGUAUCAAUGAUGGAGAAUUUGGUUGACAACAAGGGGAGCUCAAGAAAACAAGUUUUCAUUGUUCAUCAUCUACAUAAACAAUAACAGUUGAUGCUUCAUAUUUCCCCCCAUUUACAUGUGCCAUUAUAAAGGGCCAGUGGCCAAGUAAGGAGUGAAACAGAGAACCCUGAAGGGAUUCCUUGGCCAACAUCUGUGUAACGAUAGUGAUUAGCGAUCUCCUGUUCCCAUUUACAACAAGUAAUAUUGAUUCUUCAAUCUUACUUCUGAAGCUGUUAAAGCAUAAAAUUCAAAAAUCUCCAAAUC